UCUAUGCUUCUCUCUCUCUAUCCUUGUCUCUCCUUCCCCAUCUUGACCAUCUCCAUCUCCACCAACCUUGGGUGUUUUGUGUGCUUCAUCCCUCCUCCUCCUCCUCCUCCUCAUCGUCCUCCUCCUAUUCUUCUCCCUCCUCCUCCUGCUGCUGCUCCUCGUUAUCGUUUGCUAAACAAGCACUCUACUACGGAGUGGUGUUUAGAUUCUCUCUCACCCUCCCGUUCCCCCCCAUUCCCCUCCCCCCCCUCUCUCCCAUCCCCUCCCCCCCUUCGCGCUCCUCACCUCCCCCUGGCAUUCUCUCUGCUGUUGCUCGUUCUUUUUUGUGGUUGCUGUUCGACAUGCCGCGGUUCGAGUCCCUGCUGGAGUGUAUUGGCAACACGCCGGAGGUUCGCUUACGCAACACGUUCAGCGAGGAGGAUGGGCUGAGCGAGGGGACGAGGCUGUACAUCAAAUGCGAGAGAUUCAAUCCGGGCGGGUCAAUCAAGGACCGCAUCGGUCUGCAGAUGAUCGAAGACGCGGAGGCCAGCGGGGAGCUCGUCCCCGGGGUGUCGGAGAUCGUGGAAGUGACAAGUGGCAACAUGGGGAUAGGCCUAGCAAUAGCGGCGGCAUUCAAGGGGUACCCCUGCACAUUCAUCAUCCCCGGGUACUAUUCGAGGGAGAGAUGGACAACCAUGGCCGCCUACGGGGCGGGGGUGGAGAUCACCCCUCCCGAGCUGGGCGUUCCCGGCGCGCUGGACCGCCUGGCGCUCUUCCGCCGAGAGCGACCCAACGCCUGGUUCGCUAAUCAGUUCGACAAUCCCGCUAAUCCCAAGGCGCACUCGGACGGGACGGCGGAGGAGGUGGUGAGGGAUUUCCCCGAGGGGAUAGACUACCUCAUCGCGGGCGCGGGGACGGGAGGGCACCUGUCGGCGCUCGCGCGCAAGCUCAAGAAAGUGUGGCCAGCCUUGAAGGUGUACUACGCGCUGCCAUCUGUCAGCAGGUUCUAUGAGUCCUUCUUACCAACAGCAGCCGCAGGAGCAGCAGGAGGAGGAGGAGAGGGUGGGGAAAAGGACGAGGAGGAGGAGGAGGAGGAGAGGGGGAUGCGGUUGAUCGAUGUGGAUCUGACGGUGCCGUCGGGAGAACACCGCCUCCACACUCUUCAAGGCCUCAACCCCGGGCCUUUCAGACCAUUGAACAUGGAGUUCGAGAACCUGGACGCCUUCGUGUACGUGACGCAGGAGGAGGCGUACGAGUAUGCCAGGAGAGCGACGAGACGGGAUGGAUUGUUCUGCGGAGCGAGCACGGGGGCGGUUCUAGCUGCCGUCGCUAAGGUGCUGCCGGAGAUCCCCGCAGGGUCCACCGUUCUCGCUUUCAACUACGACCUCGGAGAUCGCUACCUCAGCGUGCCCGAUCUCUUCACGGACGAGAACGUGCGCAUCUUAAAGUCCAUCGAGGACCCCAUACUCCCACCCCCGAACCGACACCAACCCAAGGUCAUCAUAGGUCGGCCCUCUCAAGUACCCAACGACGCCGUGAGACCGCGCAAAUCCGAAAACGAGGCUGACCACUAACAAGCUCCGAUGCUUCCACGACCACCAUCUACCCCUCUCUCUCUCUCUCUCUCUCUCUCUCUCGCCCCCGGAGGACAAAGUGGACACUUAUAGGCGCUCCCACUAGUACCUAACCUUCGUCCCUCUCUCUCUCCCUCCCCCACUCCGGGAAAACGUAGCCCGCCAGUAGGCGCUUCCACUAAUACCUAGAACCCCUCGUCCACCUCCCCCCCCCCCCCCCCCCCCCCCCCCCCCCCCCCCUCUCUCUCUCUCUCUCUCUCUCUCUCUCUCUCUCUCUCUGUGUGUCUCUCUGUGUGCCCCCGUAUUCACAGAGGGAAUUGGUUGCUACCUUGCGAGCGCUCGCGGUGUGGGUGGGUGGUGAUUCCACGAACUGUGUGUGUGUAGUUUGUUGUCUUGUGGCGAGCGAAGCAGGGGGGAUGAAUAAAGACGCCUUUUACGU